GGGUUUUGAUGUAAAGUACUAGGGCGCGCCAGGGAGGGGAAACCACGGUUGGUGAGCACCGCUGGGGCACCUCGUUGUGCUGCUGCAAGAUGAUUGGGGUCCUGCUCCUGCUCCUCCUUCUCCCCCUUCUCCUGUUCAUCGCUGCACCCCAAAUCAGGAAAAUGCUAUCCAACGGGGUGUGUACAUCGACUGCCCAGCUUCCAGGGAAGGUGGCAGUGGUUACUGGUGCCAACACAGGCAUCGGGAAGGAGACAGCCAAAGAGCUGGCUCAAAGAGGAGCGCGUGUCUAUAUAGCUUGCCGGGAUGUGCAAAAGGGGGAAUUGGUGGCAAAAGAGAUCCAGACCAUGACAGGGAACCAACAGGUAUUCGUGCGGAAACUGGACUUGGCUGAUACUAAAUCUAUUCGAGCCUUCGCUGAGGGCUUCUUAGCAGACGAAAAGCAUCUCCACAUUUUGAUCAACAACGCAGGAGUGAUGAUGUGUCCCUACUCCAAGACUGCAGAUGGCUUUGAGAUGCAUAUAGGAGUCAACCACUUGGGUCACUUCCUCUUGACCCAUCUGCUGCUAGAGAAGCUGAAGGAAUCAGCCCCAUCAAGGGUAGUGAACGUGUCUUCCUUAGCACAUGCCCUGGGAAGGAUCCAUUUCCAUAAUCUUCAGGGCGAGAAAUUCUACAGUGCAGGUCUGGCCUACUGCCAUAGCAAGUUAGCCAACAUUCUCUUCACCAAGGAACUGGCCCGGAGGCUAGAAGGCUCUGGCGUUUCAGUGUAUUCUGUACACCCUGGCACAGUCCACUCUGAAUUGGUUCGGCACUCAUUUUCCAUGAGAUGUAUGUGGCGGCUUUUCUCCUUCUUCAUCAAGACCCCUCAGCAGGGAGCCCAGACCAGCCUGCACUGUGCCUUAGCAGAAGGUCUUGAGAUCCUAAGUGGGAAUCAUUUCAGUGACUGCCGGGUGACGUGGGUCUCUGCCCAGGCUCGGAAUAUGACAAUAGCAAGGCGGCUAUGGGACGUCAGCUGUGACCUGCUGGGCAUCCCUCUGGAUUGACGGGUGGUGGCCGUUGGACCCAAGAGAAGUGUGCAGCAGACUACUCAGUGCUCCCUGCCAAAAUGACUCUCCUUCAGGGUGGCCAAACCUUGAGCACAAAGGGAGCAAACCUCCGGCCUUGGCAGCUCUCUGAGAGAAGCCCCGUGCGCACUGCCAGGCAUCGCCAUGCCUUGCAUCUGUCCAGAUCGACUUUGCUCCCCUCCUUGCCAGUUACUAGAGAUAUCACAGGACCAGUGCCCCCUCGGGACCGCCAGCUCACCUGUUCCCUCUGAGACGCACCACCUAGGAGAACCUAAGCUCUGGCAGGGUUGAUUUGUGGCAGUUUGGACUCGUUUCUACCCUCUCUGUUCACCGUGUAUUGUCUCCCAGCCAAACAACCUUCACUUGGAGAGGGCCACGCUACAGCCUGAGCUGAAUCCAGGAGUGACGCUGGCUCGCUUGGCUCAAGAGCAGGGCUUGCCCCUCACCUCUUAAGAAAACCGGCGUAGGGCCAACAUCUGGAUUCUUUCAGGAAAUGUAACUGAAUCUGGAUUGUGGGAUGGCUCGCUCUCUGACAACCUAAAGCCACUGCUCAGACACGUUCCCAUGCCUAGACCAUGGAAGAGCUUCCUUUUCUAAGAAGUUUGGGGGUUUGGGAGGAUGGCAGAAAUAUGGGGAAAGGCAGGAAUAAAAAUGAAGUUUAAACUCUCAUUUCCCUGCUAUUUCUCUGACCAGCAAGGAGGUAAUGAAAGGAUCCGUUUGAGAAGGCAGGCCUCCUGACCUCAGUUACUGACCCCAGACCCAUGGAGGCCUCCUCUUCGUGCUGUAGUUUCUCUUUGGUGAUUGUUAUUGAAUAUAUGUGUUCCUAUGUACUUUUGCAGUUGGGAGUAUUUUCACAAAAUUUGAAGUAGCCACAAAGGAACAGUAUUAAACUGGACCCUGAUGCAGGUAAAUGAUCAGAGAUGGAGCAAGCCAUUGCCAUCCAGUCUUUGAUACAAAUGGCUAGAGCUGCAAGGGGAAGCAGAUUCUGUUUAUGUUGAUAACUACCCACCAAGAAGCACAUGGGUAGCAGGAAUUCAAAGAUAAUAGGCCUGGAAGGUAAUGAAGGGACUAAAGGAUUUUUUUAAGCUGAAGAUGGUAAUAUCCAGCUAUAGAAUUAAGGGUGAGCACCCGAGUUAGCAAGGCUGAUAGAGCACUAUCUUAAACACCAGUCAACCAAUGUGGCAGAAAAACAAAAACAAAAACCCAAUUCCUUAUUUAGCAAAAUUAUCUUAAGGACUGAUACUGGUAGUUAGUCAAUUUAAUAAUUUUUUAGGGUUAUCUCCUUACAUAUCUUGACAAGCAUACAAUGACUAUUUGCUAAAAAAAAACAAACAAAAAAAAGCUACAUUAUAUUUGGAGAACUUUUUAAAAUGUGUUUUUGAUUUUUUUAGAGAGAGAGGUAGAGACAUCAAUGUGAGAGAGAAACAUUGAUCCGUUACCUUCCUUUCAGUGCACGGGAUGAUGCUCAACCAACUGAGCCACACUUGCCAGGGCUUAUUUGGAGAACUUUUUAUCAAAAGUAAUGUUGCCAGCCCUAGCUGGUUUGGCUCAGUAGAUAGAGCGUCAGCCUGUGGACUGAAGGGUUUCCGGUUCAAUUCCCGUCAAGGACACAUGCCCUGGUUGCCAGAUCGAUCCCCGGUUCGGGGGGGGGGGGGGUGGUGCAGGAGGCAGCUGAUCAAUGAUUCUCUCUCAUCGCUGAUGUUUCUAUCUUUCCCUCUCUGAAAUCAAUAAAAAUAUAUAUUUUUUAAAAAGUAAUGUUGCCAAAGGAAAUCUGAAGAAUUGCUACUGUUUUCAUCACUUGUUUACAGUAUGUUAUUCUAGUAAGAGUUUGAGAUUUUCUUGGACCAACAAUUAUAUAUAUACUUUGGUGGGGAAAAGAGUUACAGGACCAAGUCUUCUCAUAUUUGUAAAUAAAUAAUCUUUUGUUGAACUUGUUUUGACUAUAUUUAGAAGUGGCCAGUUUAUGGAAAACUUUGUAAUAGUGCAGUGGAAUAACUGAAUUAAUAUUUUACUUAAUUUAUAUCUGUCAAUGACAAAUAAAAAAUUUUGAUUAUU